AUGUGUUCAAGCAGACAGCUGUAUGGUGAUAUACAAGAUGUUCUGGUUCCAAAAAUGUAUGUGGAGCAGACAACUCGCAAAGUCCUCGUUAUGCAAUGGGUGGAGGGGCAAAAGCUGUCUGAAGUGAAGGAUCUUUAUUUGAUUGAGGUAGGGGUUUACUGCUCGUUCAAUCAACUUUUAGAAUGUGGGUUCUAUCAUGCAGAUCCACACCCCGGAAACCUUUUUCGUACAUAUGAUGGGAAACUAGCCUACUUAGAUUUUGGUAUGAUGGGUGAAUUCAAACAAGAACUUCGUGAUGGUUUCAUUGAAGCUUGUCUCCAUCUUGUAAAUCGUGAUUAUGAUGCAUUGGCCACAGACUUUGUAACUCUCGGGCUUCUUCCACCAACGGCAGACAAGCUUGCUGUCACAAAAGCAUUAACAGGUGUUUUCCGAAAUGCUGUUGCCAAAGGAGUCCAGAAUAUAAGUUUUGGAGAUCUUCUAGGAAAUUUAGGGACUACCAUGUAUCAAUUCAAAUUUCGAAUACCUUCAUAUUUUUCUCUUGUAAUCCGGAGCCUCGCAGUUUUGGAGGGAAUUGCAAUCAGCUUUAAUCCGGAUUACAAAGUUUUGGGCAGUACAUACCCAUGGAUAGCCAGAAAAGUUCUGACUGACAGCUCACCAAAACUGAAAUCUUCUUUGCAAGACCUUCUAUACAAGGAUGGUGUGUUCAGAAUUGAUCGUUUAGAAUCUUUGGUGAGAGAGGAUGCAGCUCAACUUGUUGCCUACAGCAGAGUUAUACAACAGAUAGACUGGGAUCAUCGAUAG